AUGAGGAGCAGGAGCAAUUCCGGGGUCCGUUUAGACGGAUACGCGCGGCUGGUGCAGCAAACAAUCCUCUGUUACCAGAAUCCCAUCACGGGGCUGAUGUCAGCCAGUCACGAGCAGAAGGAUGCCUGGGUACGGGAUAACAUCUACAGCAUCCUGGCCGUGUGGGGCCUGGGCAUGGCCUACCGCAAGAACGCCGACCGCGACGAGGACAAGGCCAAGGCCUACGAGCUGGAGCAGAAUGUGGUGAAACUGAUGCGAGGUCUUCUCCAGUGCAUGAUGAGACAGGUGGAUAAAGUGGAGAGGUUCAAGCACACUCAGAGUACCAAGGACAGCCUGCACGCCAAGUACAACACUGCUACCUGCAGCACUGUGGUGGGCGACGACCAGUGGGGCCACCUCCAGGUGGAUGCCACCUCCCUCUUCCUCCUGUUUCUGGCCCAGAUGACAGCCUCCGGCUUACGUAUUAUUUUCACUCUUGACGAGGUGGCCUUCAUACAGAAUCUUGUUUUUUACAUAGAAGCUGCGUAUAAAGUUGCUGAUUAUGGAAUGUGGGAACGUGGAGAUAAGACUAAUCAGGGUAUUCCAGAAUUGAAUGCAAGCUCUGUAGGAAUGGCCAAGGCAGCCCUUGAAGCAAUUGAUGAACUGGACCUUUUUGGAGCCCAUGGAGGUCGCAAGUCUGUAAUCCACGUCCUGCCGGAUGAGGUGGAACACUGCCAGUCUAUUCUGUUCUCCAUGCUGCCAAGAGCCUCAACGUCAAAAGAGAUUGAUGCUGGGCUUCUUUCCAUUAUUUCUUUCCCGGCCUUCGCAGUGGAAGAUGUGAACCUUGUGAAUGUGACCAAAAAUGAAAUUAUUUCCAAGCUCCAGGGGCGUUAUGGAUGCUGUCGCUUCCUUCGAGAUGGUUAUAAAACCCCAAGAGAGGACCCAAACCGAUUGCAUUAUGACCCUGCUGAACUCAAGCUCUUUGAAAACAUUGAAUGUGAAUGGCCUGUGUUCUGGACUUAUUUCAUAAUAGAUGGAGUCUUCAAUGGUGAUGCUGUUCAGGUCCAAGAAUACCGUGAAGCCCUGGAGGGGAUACUGAUCAGAGGCAAAAACGGGGUCCACUUGUUGCCCGAACUCUACGCCAUUCCGCCUGACAAGGUGGAUGAAGAGUAUAAGAAUCCUCACACGGUGGAUAGAGUUCCCCUGGGGAAGGUGCCCCAUCUGUGGGGUCAGUCCUUGUACAUCCUCAGCUCCCUCUUGGCAGAGGGAUUCCUUGCUGCUGGUGAAAUUGAUCCCUUGAACAGAAGAUUUUCCACUUCGGUCAAACCUGAUGUCGUCGUACAAGUCACUGUUCUGGCAGAAAACAACCACAUUAAGGAGCUGCUGAGGAAACAUGGGGUCAACGUCCAGAGUAUCACUGACAUUCAUCCAAUCCGAGUCCAGCCAGGCCGCAUCCUUAGUCACAUAUAUGCCAAGCUUGGACGGAAUAAGAAUAUGAAAUUGAGUGGGCGACCGUAUCGGCACAUUGGUGUCCUUGGGACAUCAAAACUAUACGUGAUUAGGAACCAGAUCUUUACUUUCACACCCCAGUUCACCGACCAGCAUCACUUCUACCUGGCCCUGGACAACGAGAUGAUCGUGGAGAUGCUGAGGAUUGAGCUGGCCUACCUGUGCACCUGCUGGCGGAUGACGGGCAGACCCACGCUCACCUUCCCCAUCACGCAUACCAUGCUCACAAAUGAUGGCUCAGAUAUUCAUUCUGCUGUUCUUGCUACAAUUCGCAAACUAGAGGAUGGAUAUUUUGGAGGAGCUAGAGUAAAAUUAGGGAGUCUUUCGGAAUUUCUCACCACCUCUUUCUACACGUAUCUGACCUUCCUGGAUCCAGACUGUGAUGAGAAGUUGUUUGAUGAUGCCAGUGAAGGGACCUUCAGUCCUGAUAGUGAUUCAGACCUGGGAGGAUAUUUGGAAGACACCUAUAAUCAAGAAAGCCAGGAUGAGCUUGACCAGUAUAUCAACCACCUUCUGCAGAGCACAUCCUCGAAGUGCUAUCUGCCAGCUCUCUGUAAGAAGACAGAAGACAACCAGGUUUUCAGUGCUAUCCAUUCCACUCGGGAUAUACUUUCCGUGAUGGCAAAAGCAAAGGGUUUGGAAAUUCCAUUUGUUCCCAUGGCUUUGCCAACUAAAGUUCUAAGUGCCCACCGUAAAUCGCUGAAUCUCGUUGAUUCUCCUCAGCCACUCCUAAAAAAGGCCCCUGAAGAUGACUUCCAGUUUCCCAGAGAUGACCGUGGCGACGUGGACUGUGAAAAGCUGGUUGAGCAGUUGAAAGACUGUUCGAACCUACAGGACCAAGCAGACAUUCUGUACAUUCUGUAUGUAAUAAAGGGUCCCAGCUGGGACACAAAUCUCUCUGGACAGCACGGGGUCACUGUUCACAACCUCCUCAGCGAGCUCUAUGGGAAGGCUGGCUUGAACCAGGAGUGGGGCCUGAUCCGCUACAUCUCCGGCCUCCUCCGGAAGAAAGUGGAGGUCCUGGCUGAGGCGUGCACGGACCUGCUGUCACACCAGAAGCAGCUCACAGUGGGCCUGCCCCCAGAACCCCGGGAGAAGACCAUCUCUGCGCCUCUUCCCCCUGAGGAGCUCACGAAGCUCAUCUACGAAGCCAGCGGGCAGGACAUCAGCAUCGCCGUGCUCACACAGGAGAUCGUGGUGUACCUGGCGAUGUACGUCAGGGCACAGCCCAGCCUGUUCGUGGAGAUGCUCCGGCUCCGAAUUGGACUGAUCAUUCAGGUGAUGGCCACGGAGCUGGCACGGAGCCUGAACUGUUCAGGAGAAGAAGCUUCUGAAAGUUUGAUGAACCUCAGCCCUUUUGAUAUGAAAAAUCUCCUGCACCACAUCUUAAGUGGCAAAGAAUUUGGUGUUGAAAGAAGCAUGCGGCCCAUUCAUUCCUCCACACCCAGCCCCGCUGUCUCCAUCCACGAGGUGGGCCACACUGGAGUCACCAAAACCGAGAGGAGUGGCAUCAACAGGCUGAGGAGUGAGAUGAAACAGAUGACUAGGCGGUUUAGUGCUGAUGAACAGCUCAUUUCUGUGAGCCAGGCCGCGUCCAGCAGCACGCGCUCCUCCAAGUCUGCGAGGUCCAGCACCCCGUCCUCACCCACGGGCACAUCGUCAUCAGACUCAGGUGGGCAGCACAUGGGCUGGGGGGAACGGCAGGGCCAGUGGCUGCGCAGGAGAAGGCUGGACGGUGCCAUCAACAGGGUCCCCGUGGGAUUCUACCAGAAGGUGUGGAAGAUCCUUCAGAAGUGCCAUGGUCUGUCCAUCGACGGUUAUGUGCUCCCAUCCUCGACCACGCAAGAGAUGACCCCGCAGGAGAUCAAGUUUGCUGUCCACGUUGAGUCAGUGCUGAACCGAGUGCCACAACCCGAGUACCGGCAGCUGCUGGUGGAGGCCAUCAUGGUGCUGACGCUGCUCUCGGACACAGAGAUGAACAGCAUCGGGGGCAUCAUCCAUGUGGACCAGAUCGUGCACAUGGCCAACCAGCUGUUCCUACAAGACCAGGUGUCGAGUGGAGCCACGGACACGCUGGAGAAAGACCAAGCCACAGGCAUCUGCCACUUCUUUUACGACAGUGCUCCAAGUGGGGCUUAUGGGACGAUGACCUACCUAACGAAAGCGGUGGCUUCUCAUUUGCAGGAACUGCUGCCCAAUUCAGGUUGCCAGAUGCAGUAGGGCCUCGGUGCUCAGUCUGUCCCUUUCUCGUGGGCACUUCCUUGUGUUCCCCAAGAUUCCCUGUGCUUUCCCCAACAAAGCCUUGCCCAUCAGAAUCCUGGCAGGGAGGGGAUGAUAGUGACACACUUGAAAGCAGUAGACAUCCAAACCCCAGAAAGGGCCACCGACUUCCGUGCUCCCCUGAGGAGCACUAGGGGGGUCAUCGUCUACACUCAUCUCACUGAAACUUUUGUCACAGCAUCUGGUCUUCUGGAGUCUGAGGACAGAUUGGAAGUGGGUCUCUCAAGUGCAGAGUGAAGUGAAAAGGCAGCUUAAAUCAGCUCUUCUGGAGUUCCUGAACAGGUUCCGUGAGUAAGUGACAUAUCCUCACGAUGGAAAG